AUGCCCUACGCGGACCGCUGGCGGCGCCAUCGCCGCUGGUUCCAGAACACCCUCCUCGCGCGGAACGCGCUCAACGCGUACGAGCCGCUGCAGCGCGACGAGCUGCAGAAGCUCCUGCGCGACCUCCUGCGCGACCCCGGGGAAGCCCUAGCGCAUCUGAAGCGGUACGCUGCGGCGCUGAUGCUCGGCGUCGCCUAUGGCUACUCGCCCUCCACCAUGGACGACGAAUUCGUCAGGAUGACCGAAGAGGCCAUGCACCUCGCCCUCGACGGCGGCGGGCCGGGCUCCGCUCUCGUCGACUUCUUCCCCGCUCGUAAGUCCCCGCAUAUACCUCCCACCCUGCUGGUGUCCUCGGUUCUCAGACGAGACGUCGUGUGCGGAGAGCUGAGCGGCGGCGUGUUGGUCUUGCGUAGUGCGGGGUACAAGGAGAUGCACCGCAUCCCGCUCGAGCGGGCGGCGGGGACGGCCAGGCCGUGUGUCGCGACGGCGUUGCUGGAGGAGGCGGCGAGGGACGGAAUUGUGGAGAAAGCCGACGAAGACGAGAUCUCGAGCGCGUUGGGAGUCAUGUACGUUGCGGGGACAGAUACUACGUCCGCAGUCCUCGUCGCGUUCGUGCUCGCGAUGGUCUUGCAUCCCGACGUGUUACGGAAGGCGCAAGCAGAAGUCGACAGCGUCGUCGGCGACGGCCGCCUUCCGGAGCCUGACGACCGCGCGGCGCUCCCGUACCUGGAGGCGGUCCUGAAGGAAGUGUAUCGGUGGCUCGCACCCGCACCCCUUGGUACACCCCAUGAACUGACUGAGCACGACGAGUACGCUGGGUUCCAUAUGCCGAAGGGAGCCCUUAUCGUUACUAAUAUCUGGGCCAUGUCGCGCGACGAGCAAUAUUUCACCGACCCGGACAGAUUCGACCCGGAGAGGUUCCUAGACGUGGGCGCGGAUGCAGGAGAGGCGAUGGACCCGCGAAAGUUUGUGUUCGGCUUCGGCAGACGUAUAUGCCCUGGCCGAGUGCUAGCCGAUCAGAGCAUCUUCAUCGUGGCAGCCACUCUCGUCGCUGCUUUCGAUAUCCGGCCAGCGAGGACACCGGAUGGUAACGAGAUACCCCUAAAGUCGCGUUCACGUCUGGAACAACAUCCAAAGCCAUUCGUGUGCGAUAUCUCGCCUAGAUCAGGGAAGGCGGACCUGAUUCUGGGUACGGCAAAUGGAAACGGGGUCAAGUACUAG